AUCAAAUUUCAUCUUCCUCCUUAUUCUACCUCUUUAUUUCACCACUUUCAUGUGGCUCCAAUGUUUCCCUCCAUCCAAUUUUCAGGAAAAUCCCAAACUGAAAGACCUAAAAUAAAAUUUCCAUCUGUUUUGUUUUUCUUCUUCAAAUUAAAACCUAAAAGCCUCUCUUAUCUCCUUCGAUUCCACUAUCUCUCUUUUUCCCCAAAUUAAAAGCUAAAACUUUUUCUCUUCUCUUUUUCGAUUCAAAACCUAUUCUUCUCUUUUUCACCCUUUUCACAACUUGCUGCUACAGACUUCUUUGCUGCAAUUUAGGGUUACUCGCCAUGAAUAUGGAUAAUUUCAAGAAGGACAUUGAUGAACUUAUAGCUCAAUUCACACAGAAUUUAACCAAGUAUGCGGAUAUAUUUCAUGAGGUUCAAGGGAAUGCUGAUGACCCCCACAAAUCCAGCUUAUCUGUAUGCGAUUCAGAACAGAACUCUACUGCUUGUUUGCAGAAUGCAUCUAUGCUUUCCGAUCAGUACAUUCCAACUCAUUCUGCUUCAGAACCAACCCUUCCUGGUUUCAUAAAACUGGAGGCAAUCUUUAGUUACGCUCACCCAUUCUUCCGUUGAAUCAUCUGGAGCUAAUAACUGCUCGAGUAGUGAAAAUCAGCAGUUAACUUGUACUGACGUUUCCAAGCCUGAUCCAGUAAAGAUGGAGCACUGGUUAGGGAAGAACAAAUGCAACUUACAGAAUUUUAUUCAGAAGAUGAGUUGGAGUGAUCUUAUAUAUUUUCAACAUAGACUGCUGCAGGAAGCAGUUGCAAAAAAGAGGCUAGCUGGUGUGUGCAUCAUUUUGUACUGAAUUGACAGUAUUGGCGGUUUCGUAUUUCACAAUACAUUGAAGUUGGAUGCCGUAUUGACAGUAAAAUAUGAUUUUUCAAUUUCGUUUAACAGUUUGCAUACCGUAUUGACAGUAAAAUAUGAUUUUUCAGAAUUCAUUGAAGUUGGAUGCCUUAAGUGGGCGGACUGGUCCAUGUUCUCAGCCAAUGCCCCGUGCCAAAAAGACUCUUUCUAGAGUUGCUGUCACAAGAGCUUCGUCAGAGAAAUAUUCAGAUUUUUCUUUGCCAAGAUCAGAUAUUUCUAAGGAGCAACGUAAAUCAUGUGAUAUCUGCAGACGAUUUGAGAAUGUGUUAAAUCAUAUCCCAGUAUGCUCUGGUUGCAAGGUUUUGUUGGAGAUAUAUAGAGUGGUAAAGGUAUAUUCGGGAUCUGUUGAAGAUAUAUAAGAUGGAAUCUUAUGUUAUUUUCUUCUAUAUUGUGUUUUGUAGCAGUAGUUUAAACGCUGAAAGAAUUAUAAUAAUUUCUGAAUAGAACUUUUUGACAAUAAUCUAUAUAUUUAGGCCGGCUGUGGAGGAUGUGCGAUAACCUCUUCAAAAAACUAUUCAGGUGUACACGGGAAUAAAAGUAGUAUAAUGAACUCGUUCUCAUAAAUGUUAUUUACGUUACCCAUUUUUGAAUUUGUGAAAGGUUGUCAUAUUAAAAAGCCAAAUACUAGGCAAAUUUGGUUCAUUCUGUCCAAAUACUAGCAGAUUUUGUGCUAUUAUUUUCUUGGAAUUUACAUGUUAUCUAUUAUCAUUUUGAA